GUCUAUUCUUCUAUCCAAAUGUCACCUCAAAUUCUAUUACACCGCUGGAUUCAACCUACAUUCAUUUUAAUGCUCCUAUUGCAAGCUAUUCGUAUAUAUUUAACUUACCAUCAUCUCGAUGCCAAUACUUCCGCAGGAACCGCAACAGGUGCAUCUGAAUCUCAACCAGGAUCCAUCGUCAUUGGAGCCGGUAGAAUCUCAGUUGACGUCUGAUCCAAACGAAUCCAGGCCCUGCGCACGAAAGCUCGCCUCAAGGUAUUGCAUAGAGGCAUGCGUAGAAUCUUUAAGCUGGCGUGGAUGGCUAUGUUAUCUUGCUUGUCUGCUGGUUAUAAUUAUGAUAAUUGGAAUUGUUUGCAGCGCCCAUGUAUACUAUCAUGAUAUGGGAGGGCAAGGUUGGCUCAAAAAGCGAAGAAGUCAGGAACGAUUUGAUCAAGUCCAGCGCUUCUCGGAAGUCUGUCUGCCAUCAAGACCGUUGGAACCCUACAAUUCGAUGUUAGCUUUGAGUCCAAGAAUGCCAGCCGCUGUACCUUGGUACACCUGUGGGGAUCAGCAAAACAGUUGUGAAGCAUACGCCCAUCCAGAGAUUUGCUGCCCUCAAGGCAUGAUCUGUCGCCCUACAACUCAUACGAUUUCAGGCAUAUACUGUUGCAAUGGAACGUUAUCACAUUCCAAUUGUCGUCUCCUGAGAGCGCAUGCAAGAUGUAGGCCCAAUUACUUUGAAUGCCCAGGGGACAUGGGAGGAGGUUGUUGCCCUAAUUCGACAGCUUGUUACAAGAAUCAAUGUAUUCCAGUGUACAAACAACCAUCCUCCGUUCGGCCGUCAAAUGGACCAACAGUGACACCCUGGCCCGCUGCUCCAGUACCAAGAGAGGGCGAAAUAGCGCAAGGGUCACGACUUAUCAUAUCAACGUUUUGGCGUGCUGGUUAUCCUUUUUCGGCAUUGGGUUUCUUGAUCCUGAUUGGUGUCGUGAUGGGGAUGCUCUAAUAGUAGUUUGGAUACACUGUCACGCAUGGGGCUAUUGACUAUUGAUGGUGCCAGCGGAAUGGUAUUUCUUAACAACCCGUAGUUGGCGAAUCAAAGUGAGAAGAUGUUACUGUUCCGCGAAAGCAAUGAACGGCAGUUGAUGUGUGGCAUGACUGGCUGACAUAGGAGCUAAAAAUGUGAGACACUGAUUAAUCAUCUUUUGUAAUUAAUUA